GCCGCCGCCGCCGCCGCCGCCAUGCUCGACUUCUUCACCAUCUUCAGCAAGGGCGGCCUCGUCCUCUGGUGCUUCCAGGGCGUGCGUGGCCCCGUCGCCACCGCGCCCGUCAACGCCCUCAUCCGCUCCGUCCUCCUCCAGGAGCGGGGCGGCAACAACUCCUUUAACCAUGAAGCCCUCACACUCAAGUACAAGCUGGAUAACCAGUUCGAGCUAGUGUUUGUGGUGGGGUUUCAGAAGAUCCUGACUCUGACCUACGUUGACAAGUUGAUAGACGACGUUCACAAAGAGUUCAGAGACAAGUACCGCAAUGAGUUCCAGCAGAAGGGCACCCUGGGCCUCCUCAAUGGCACCUUCGAUUUUAAAGAAGACUUCAUGCGCCUCCUCCGGGACGCCGAGGAGAGCAGCAAAGCUCGAGCUCCCACGGUGAUGAAGACAUUUGAACAGUCUCAAAAGUCCCAGAAGACUGUCAAGUGUAUGAUUGAAACCCGAGGGGAGAAACCAAAGGAGAAAGUCAAGAACAAGAAGAACAAAGGUUCCAAAAAGGAGGGAAUGGAAGCUGUCACAGCAGCCAGUAAAGCAUCCACAGGGGACAGGCAGCCCUCUGCAGCUGGGGACAGGGAGGAACUGACUAAGGAUGAAAUCCUCCAGAAGAACCGUGAGGAAUUCUUCAAGAGACACAUGAAAGCGGGGGAGAAGUCAAGAUCUCCAAAGCCUGAGGCACAGAAGGAGAAGGGAAAGAAGCCCCGAGUGUGGGAUCUGGGGAACUCUAAUGCCAAAGUACUCGAUUACAGUAACUCUGCUACCAAUGGAAGCGUGGAGGCUUGUCCUGUGGAGGAAUUUGACCCUGAUCUAGCCCUGGGGGGUCGAAAUCGGGAGCCUGGCCGCCUCUAUGACCUUGAGUAUGAGAGCGAUGAGGAAAUUGAAGAGAAGGUUAUUCAGAACCCUUCGAAACCCAGUGCGAAGAAGGGUGGCCUGGGGGGCAUGUUUGGCAUGCUGAAAGGCCUGGUGGGCUCCAAGAGCUUGACGAGAGAGGACAUGGACCCCAUACUGGAGAAGAUGAAGGAUCACUUGAUUGCAAAAAACGUGGCAGCUGAGAUUGCGGUGCAGCUCUGUGAAUCAGUGGCCAAGAAACUGGAAGGGAGGGUGAUGGGAACGUUCACCACGGUGACCUCGACGGUGAAGCAGGCCCUACAAGAGGCUCUCGUGCAGAUCCUGCAGCCCCAGCGCCGGGUGGAUGUCCUUCGUGAUGUCAUGGAUGCCCAGCGCCAUCGCCGACCCUACGUGGUCACUUUUUGUGGUGUCAACGGUGUCGGGAAGUCCACCAACUUGGCCAAGAUCUCAUUCUGGCUCAUCGAGAAUGGUUUCAGUGUCCUCAUCGCUGCCUGUGACACCUUCCGUGCGGGAGCGGUGGAGCAGCUCCGCACCCACACCCGUCGCCUCAAUGCCCUGCACCCUCCAGAGAGCCAUGGUGGGCGGACCAUGGUGCAGCUCUAUGAGAAGGGCUAUGGCAAGGAUGCUGCCGGGAUCGCCAUGGAGGCCAUCUCUUAUGCUCGGAACCAGGGCUUUGAUGUGGUCCUGGUGGACACGGCAGGACGCAUGCAGGACAACGCUCCCUUGAUGACAGCACUGGCCAAGCUCAUCGCUGUUAAUGCUCCUGACCUGGUCCUCUUUGUUGGGGAAGCGCUGGUGGGAAACGAGGCUGUAGAUCAGCUGGUGAAGUUUAACAAGGCCCUGGCUGAUCACUCCAUGGCACAGACACCGCGGCUCAUUGAUGGGAUUGUCCUCACCAAGUUCGAUACCAUUGAUGACAAGGUCGGCGCCGCCAUCUCCAUGACCUACAUCACAAGCAAGCCCAUCGUUUUUGUUGGUACCGGACAAACUUACUGUGAUCUGCGAAGCCUUAAUGCCAAGGCCGUGGUCGCAGCGCUCAUGAAGGCCUAAACCCACCAAAUUGCUGUGUGCAGAUGUCAGAGGAGAACAUGCUUUACCCUGUUCCUGACUAGUCUUUCCCGUGUAGUGCAUUACAGAAUGGGAUGCCUGUGCCAGGGGUGGGGUUUUUUCAGAUAAAGCCGCUUUUAUCCAGCAAAAGCCCUUCCCCAGGGCUCCUUCAUUCUGUUUGAAGUGAUGCAGGCUCCCUCAUGGGGAGGCUGAACUCAGAGCUUUGUAUUGUUCGUGCUGCACGGGGUGGGGAUUAGUGCAAGAACCUGCUGUGCUUUUUUGCAGAGUUUGAAGGCAGUUUUUGAGCUGCUCUUGUGAUUUUUAGACCAGCUUAGGGAGGACAUAGGAGUGACUUGUCAGGAGUGAGCAGGACGGGCGCUGAUUAGCAGCAGUGACAGAAGACCUGUCUGUUAAUGUCCCUGCUAGGGACAGCUCUACUGAAGCUGAUAAACCAAAAAUGUCUGGAAGGGAGAAGCUAAAUUGCCUUAAGGUCCCCGAUUCUGCCGUCACUGGGACGCUGGAGCAGGGUAUCUGGACACCAUGUUUUUAGGCAGGCGCUGGAGUGCUGUGGCAGCUCAGUCUGGCCAUGCUAAUUGUGGUGGAGAAGGAAUGCAGCCUCUGCCUGGCUCCUGCCCACUGGCCUCUGCGUGAUUUGCUAGGAAAAAGGAAAAAAAGAAUCAAUCGUGGAAGAUCCUGGUGGCUGCUUGCUGCUUGCCUGUACCCUUUCUCCCCCUCUUUGAGUGCCUCUUGAUCCCCAUCUCAAGUGCUGCACUGAAUAAUACAAAACUCUCUUACGAUGUCUUGUAGCUCUGUAUUGCGGAUGUGCUCUAGUGCAAUAAAUUGAAUGCUGUCUGCUAAGAGACAUAAUUUAUAUAAAAUAAACUUCGUAAAUUGUUUGGUA